AUGACUAAACAAAAACAAAAACAAAAUAAAUUAGUUUCAAGUAAUACAGAAACAGAUUCUAGAGCAUCUAGAGCCUCUAGUAGUGCAAAAGCAGGAUGCCCACCAACAGAAAUUCAAGAAAAUUAUUCUGAAAUUAUUAGUCCUACAAUUUUAACAAUUCUUCAUGGUCAAGAUUUUUUUACUGAUAUACAAUAUUUUUCAGAAGUUUUAUUUCCAAUAAGAAAUGCAAUUUUAGCAGUAGAAUCGAAUCAUGCUAUACUUGCUGACUGCUAUAUUAAUUUGAUGAAAAUUGUAGCAGCAAUUUAA